UCCAAUAUGUUUGGCUGUCUGCAACAGAUUCAUUGGAUUUGCAUGAUUUGCUGUAUAAUGUAUUUAGUUUUUAUUCGAUUCGGCCUGGAAGAUAACCUUCUCAAUAGUUUCUCUUACGUCCCAUGCAGGAAGAAAACAUUUUUUACUCCACCGUAAUUUUAGUAUUAUUUGUCUAUAACAUUGUUAUAAGUACACCUCUGCAUAACAUUGUAUCCUUUAGCUCAGUGUUUUUCAACCUUUUUUGAGCCAAGGCACACUUUUUGCGUUGAAAAAAUGCGGAGGCACACCACCAGCAGAAAUCAUGAAAAAAUUAAACUCAGCAGCCGACAUUGACAGUAAAAGGUCGUUCUGGCAAGUGUUGGAUAUGACUUCUAAAGGCUGAAAACAGGUCUGUGAAAUGUAAUCUAUGCAAAGAACCACCAUGACAUGUUAUGUAGACCAGUGUUUUUCAACCUUUUUUGAGCCAAGGCACAUUUUUUGCGUUGAAAAAAUGCGGAGGCACACCACCAGCAGAAAUCAUUAAAAAACGAAACUCAGUUGACAGUAAAAAGUCGUUGUCGCAAUUGUUGGAUAUGACUUUAAAUCAUAACCAACUAUGCAACACUAUAGCUCUUGUCUCAAAGUAGGUGAACUGUCACCACCUGUCACAUCACACCCUGACUUAUUUGGACUUUUUUGCUGUUUUCCUGUGUGUAGUGUUUUACUUCUUGUCAUGCGCUCCUAUAUUGGUGGCUUUUUCUCUUAUUUUUGGUAUUUUCCUGUAGCAGUUUCAUGUCUUCCUUUGAGCGAUAUUUCCCACAUCUACUUUGUUUUAGCAAUCAAGAAUAUUUCAGUUGUUUUUAUCCUUCUUUUAGGGACAUUGUUGAUUGUCAUGUCAUGUACAUUGUCUUUGCUCCACAGUAAGUCUUUGCUGUUGUCCAGCAUCCUGUUUUUGUUUACUUUGUAGCCAGUUCAGUUUUAGUUUCGUUCUGCAUAACCUUCCCUAAGCUUCAAUGCCUUUUCUUAGGGGCACUCACCUUUUUUUAAUUUUUGGUUUAAGCAUUAGAUACCUUUUUACCUGCACACUGCCUCCCGCUGUUUCCCACAUCUACAAAGCAAUUAGCUACCGGCUGCCACAUACUGAUAUGGAAGAGUAUUACACGGUUACUAUGCCAAGCUCUAGACACUCAACAACAACACAUCAUUUGCAGACUAGAAUUACUGGUUUGCAAAAAAUAUUCUUAACCCAUAUAGGUGAAAUUAGAUCAUCUCCCACGGCACACCAGACUGUAUCUCACGGCACACUAGUGUGCCGCGGCACAGUGGUUGAAAAACACUGCUUUAGCUGAUGUCGUGCUUUUUCUCUUAGACGUUUUAUGCAUUGUUCCUGUUUGUGCGCCACACUUUAAAAACACCUACUUCCCAUCUUAUAUUGUUUUAUUGCACUGAAGCAUUUGGUCGUUUCAUUGGCCCCACCAGGAGCCCCUUCCUCUUUUUUUUUUGUCUCCCCCUCACCAAAGAAUAUAUUUUACCUUAAAUAUGUGUUGAUGAGUAUACAUUAUGGCCUGCUUUAUCACUUGUUGCUUAUCUUGGGAAACAGGCCCAGCACAGAUAGAUGACCUGUGGGUUAUUGAUGGCUGCUCUAUUGUUGUGCUCGGAGUCCCACUGGUCAGAGUGUGGGAACCCCAGCGCGGCCCGAGACACAUGGCUUUGUUAUGCUAAUGUGCGUCUAUAAAAGUUGGAGCGGACGCUUUGCACGGACUUCACAGCCAGCGGAACUGUCCUGGAAGAAGCUUCUCUGUACCUGCUUGGAAAGACAUGGCUCCUUGCUCCUCGAGUGACUCCUUCAUGCAGCCUGCCAGGAUCUCAGAGAGAGACAACAUCAGAUUGAGAAAGCCCAUGGUGGAGAAACUGCGGCGAGAUCGCAUCAACACCUGCAUCGAGCAGCUCAAAACCAUCCUGGAGAAAGAGUUCCAACUACAAGAGCCCAACUCCAAGUUGGAGAAAGCAGACAUCCUGGAGAUGACCGUCAGCUUCCUGAGGCAGCAGCUGCACAAGCGGCAUCAUCAUCAGCAUCAGUCCACCUCCAGCGGCGAUGACGGCGACUUCAGGCAAGGCUACUCUCACUGCUGGAGGGACUCUCUGCACUUCCUCUCUGCACAGCAGCAAAUGAUCCAGAAAGGCUCCUCUCCAGUGUGCUCCCCCAGCAGAGGAACCAGGCUGCAGGAGAGCGGCGUGUGGAGGCCUUGGUAGACUCCCCUGAGGAGACCGCCAUGACUUUUUGUGACAUUUGCAUUCCCACCUUGCUCCUUAACAUCAUAUUGAUGGACACAAAUAGUGACGGCUCUCCCUCAUUUUCGAUGUUUCUUCUUUGCAAUGACUGAGUCACCAUUUGACCUUUUUUUCUGUUUAAAAGAUGUUUUUGCGUGAUGAUGUUUUUUUUUACUCCAGUGGAGUUUAUUGCCUUGCUGGAUGUAACAGUGUAUCUCUGCCAUAUCCUGUUGUCCUGACAGCCCCGUGUUGAGAAUAUUUCUCUCCUUAUUGUUGGAUGCCAAAUUAUGUGUAUGUAUGUAGGUAUGUAUGUGUAACGGUAAUACCGUUUUUUUGCUAUGACAUUUACGCUCU